CCCAUGGUAAUGUUUCGGUUAAGAUUGCUUUUUUUUCAGUUCGUUCUCGCUAGUUGUGUAUUUGCCAAGAAUAAUGUUUGUAAGAGUUUUUCCGACUAUUGGUACCAUGAUUUGGAUAAAAAUGAAAAUUGCACGUACAAUCCUGACAUGUACUUAGAUAGUCCGCAGAUUCUGGAGAAAUAUUUCGGAAAGUAUGAGGUGCACGAAAUUCCAACGGAAGACGGUUAUUUUGUCACCACCUUCAGGGUUCCGAGAAAUAAUUCCAGAGGCACAAUAUUGUUUAGACAUAUAGCAACAUCGGACGCCAUCAUUUGGCUCGGUUUUGGCAAAGAUUCGAUAGCUUAUUAUUACUGGCAAAGAGGAUACGAGCUAUGGCUGACAAACACUAGAGGAACUGACUACUCAACCAAACACGUAAACUUGACUAUCAACGACUAUGCAUUCUGGAAUUUUAGUUUCCACGAAAUAGGCAUAUACGACCUCAGGGCUUCGCUCAAAUAUAUCUAUGAAUUCAACAACAACACCAGUCCUGCUAUCAUUGCUAAUUCUAUGGGGUGUACAGAAGCCCUGAUUUACGCAUCGCUGUUUCCAGAGGAAGCAAAGAAGCUGUGUAAAAUUUAUAUACUACACGCGCCACCCUCCAGUUUUCAGUAUUCACCACUGAAAUUCUUAGGUUUUUAUCGCCGUUAUUGGGACUACUCCGCUAAGGAAGAAAAAUUGGGCGAUAUCUUCAGAAGAAAUGGUACAAUUUCUCGCGUUAUGCAUAGUUUAUGUCCUAAGAAACCAGAUCUAUGCAUCACGUUGUUCAGCGCGUUUGGAGCUGGUUGGUCUCAACAUGAACCAGACCCUCUUUUAGCUCCGGUGAUGUUCAUGCAAAACCCGAGAUCUCUUUCGACGAAGGCCCUAUCACACUAUGCCCAAUCUUUCAUUUCUGGAAAAUUCACGAUGUUCGAUUACGGGGAGAAAAAUUUUGAAGUUUACGGAAGACACGAACCACCUGAAUAUCCUGUUUGGAAAAUUGUUGCACCCAUCUAUUUGGUGCACAGCCCUGCAGAUUAUUUAGCUCCGAAAGGGGAUACCGACGACCUCUAUGACAAAUUGACUAAAAGUGCCAAAAUCUACGGAAGGUUGGUAGUAGAAGGCAUGAAUCACAUCGAUACAUUCCUGGCCAAACUAAGAAAUGAAAAGAUUCAUUACAAAAACACAGAAGUUCCAGGUAACUCAACAGAAAUUUACCUGACUCUAACCACUCAAGUAGCUAGUGCCAGAACAACCGCUGAAGACAACUUCCAUACUGCAGUCCAGAGAUAA